CGCCGCGGACCGCCGAGGGGAGCGGGUGCUCAGCGGCCGCGGGGAGCGGAGCCCGAGGGAGCGCUGCCGCAGCCCAGCGCCAUUGCCGCCCUCAGCCCGCGAUGGCAGUUCCAGGAGCCAUUGAUGCCAACGACACCCUGAUGUCCCAGCUGGAUUACUGAGAACUCUGGUGACUCCUGGAGGUGCUGCUGUUCACAUAAGGAAUUGUCCUCAGUCCUUGGCCUUUCAUCCCAGCAGCAUCUGUUUGGGUGCUGAAUGCAAGUCCUGGACAUUCUGGAAACGAUGGGGAUUGGCAAAAACACCACCUCGAAGUCGGUGGAGGCGGGAGGCUCCACGGAGGGCAAAUACGAGGAUGAAUCCAAACAUCCCGCCUUCUUCACCCUGCCUGUUGUGAUAAACGGUGGAGCAACGUCCAGCGGUGACCAGGAUACAGAAGACACGGAGUUGAUGGCCAUCUAUACCACAGAAAAUGGCAUAGCAGAGAAGAGCUCCCUGGCAGAGACCCUGGACAGCAGCGGCAGUUUGGACGCCCAGAGGACUGACAUGAUUUACACCAUUGAGGAUGUUCCUCCCUGGUACCUCUGCAUAUUUUUGGGGCUACAGCACUACCUGACGUGCUUCAGCGGGACGAUCGCCGUGCCCUUCCUGCUGGCCGAUGCCAUGUGUGUGGGCUUUGACCAGUGGGCCACCAGCCAGUUGAUUGGGACCAUUUUCUUCUGUGUGGGCAUCACCACGUUGUUACAAACAACCUUUGGCUGCAGGUUACCCCUGUUCCAAGCCAGUGCUUUUGCAUUCUUAGCACCUGCCAGAGCAAUACUCUCUCUGGAGAAGUGGAAAUGUAAUAACACAGAUAUAACAGUUACAAACAGGACAGCAGAGCUGCCGCACACCGAGCACAUCUGGUACCCCCGGAUCCGAGAGAUCCAAGGUGCCAUCAUCAUGUCCUCCCUGAUCGAGGUGGUGAUCGGACUGCUCGGCCUGCCCGGGGCCCUCCUGCGCUACAUCGGCCCCCUGACCAUCACCCCCACCGUGGCCCUCAUCGGCCUCUCCGGCUUCCAGGCUGCUGGGGAGAGAGCUGGCAAGCACUGGGGCAUUGCCAUGCUGACUAUUUUCCUAGUGUUGUUGUUCUCUCAGUAUGCCAGAAAUGUCAAAUUCCCCUUACCCAUUUACAAAUCCAAGAAAGGAUGGACAGCAUACAGGCUGCAGCUUUUCAAGAUGUUCCCUAUUAUUUUGGCAAUUCUGGUGUCGUGGCUGCUGUGCUACAUCUUCACGAGUGGGGUUGGAAUUGGGCCGAUGGGCAAGUCAGAGAAUGCCAGUCCCUGCUUAUCAACAGGCAAUGAAACCAGACAAUUCCAUGAUUCCGUGAAAUGGCUGUAUUUUUUGAUACCUGAGUUGUUUCUGGGCAGGGGAGGUCUCAGUGUUGUUCUCCCCACAGUUCAGUGGGGGCUGCCCACCAUCUCUGCUGCCGGGGUGAUCGGGAUGCUCAGCGCCGUCGUCGCCAGCAUCAUCGAGUCCAUCGGGGACUACUACGCCUGUGCCCGGCUGUCCUGUGCUCCUCCUCCACCCAUCCAUGCAAUAAACAGGGGGAUUUUUAUCGAGGGUCUCUCCUGUGUUCUGGAUGGGGUAUUUGGGACAGGGAAUGGAUCCACCUCUUCCAGCCCUAACAUUGGUGUCUUGGGCAUCACAAAGGUUGGGAGUCGCAGGGUGAUCCAGUAUGGAGCUGCCUUCAUGCUGCUCCUGGGGAUGGUUGGGAAGUUCAGUGCCCUCUUUGCAUCCCUGCCCGACCCCGUGCUGGGGGCUCUCUUCUGCACCCUCUUUGGGAUGAUUACAGCUGUGGGUCUGUCAAACCUCCAGUUCAUUGAUUUAAACUCCUCUCGGAAUCUGUUUGUCCUUGGAUUUUCCAUUUUCUUCGGGCUCGUCCUCCCAAGUUAUCUCAAACAGAACCCCCUGGUCACAGGAAUAGCAGGGAUUGAUCAGGUGCUGAACGUCCUGCUCACCACAGCCAUGUUCGUCGGGGGCUGCGUCGCCUUUAUCUUGGACAACACCAUCCCAGGAAGCCCUGAGGAAAGGGGAAUACGGAAAUGGAAGAAAGGGAUCGGGAAAGGAAGCAAAUCCCUGGAUGGCAUGGAAACGUAUGAUUUGCCUUUUGGCAUGAACUUCAUUAAAAAAUACAGGUGUUUCAGCUUCCUGCCCAUCAGCCCCACCUUCAUGGGAUACACGUGGAAAGGCUUCAGGAAAAGCAGUAACUGCAGGAGUUCAGACGAAGACUCAGAAGCUACAGUAUAGCCUUAGUUGAAAUUAUAUUAUCUAGUUGUAGUAAAAGAUGUAUUUGCAGUUUCUUGCUGAUUAAGAAGCAUUAAAAUAUAUGUUUUGUAUAUCUGCAUUUAAAUUCUGGAACCAGAGCUGAGACAGAUUUAAAAAAAAAAAAAAAGAAAAAAAAAAAGAAGAAGAAGAAGAAAAAAAAGGCUUUUCCUGUUGUGGGUGGUGGGAGCCAGAUCUGGUGUCUCUGGGGCAAAUUCCAGGGGUUUGGGGGAGUUGUGGUACCUAAGUCUGUUUAUUUUAAAUGGGUUUAGGUCCUGGAAGUGUGUAGGUGCUAUUGAAAAACUUUAAUUAACUUAAAUUUUGAUUUUAUUGGAGCCCUCACUUGGCACAGUCAUUGCUGGCAAUGUUGGUUAUGCCAGGAAAUCUGAAUCCGUGGGAAGGGGGGGGGAAAGAAAAGAAAAAAAG